CUUUUAAAAAUCGCGAUGGUACCAAAAUUGCAUUCAUCAUGCCACAAGAGCAGGAAAGCGGUGGAGCAUAUCGACAUCUUUGUGUACUAUCAACAGUGACAAAUAGUGCUAAAUAUGAACCCCUCAGCAAAGGACAAUAUAUAGUUAGCGCAAUUUUACACUGGGAUUCUACACAUGAUUUGAUAUUCUACAGCGCCAAUUUGGAAGAGAAACCGGAACAGUCGCAUAUUUAUGCCAUUAAAGCAGCCACCGGACAAACACCAAAAUGUAUAACCUGCAAUCUAAUUAAAUCGAAUGGAAGGGUACAAACUUAUUAUACAGCAGAAUUUAACAACAAAAAUCAUGUGUUAAUUAAUGCUGUAGGACCAAGCAUUCCCCAGAUCGUAAUUUAUGAAUGGUCUUAUGCAAACAAUCAAAUUACGUUAAAUAAACUAAUUACCUGGGAAGACAAUGAGUUGUUAAGGGCUACAAUAAGUAAAUACGCACUCCCUACACAUGAAAUUCACACCCUGCCAAUAGCUGAUGGUUUCACAGCUAAAGUUUUACUGCAACUGCCGCCCAACAUGGAUCGUAGUGGUAAGACAAAAUAUCCAAUGUUGGUUGACGUCUAUGGGGGACCGGAUUCUUAUUCGGUAAUCGAUAGAUGGUUAGUCGACUGGGGAACAUAUCUUACCUCGAAUCAAUCCGUGAUAUACGCCAAAAUUGAUGGGCGCGGUUCAGGCUUAAGAGGUGAAAAGCUAUUGCAUUCGGUUUAUUUAAAACUGGGUACACUAGAGAUUGCCGAUCAAAUUGAUGUGACUAGGCAAUUGCAAAAGAAAUUAAAUUUUAUUGAUGCUAAUCACACUGGCAUUUGGGGUUGGAGUUAUGGCGGUUAUGCGGCAGCCAUGGCCUUGGCUAAUGAUAAUGAACAUGUAUUCCAUUGUGCCGCUUCUAUAGCACCUGUCACCGAUUGGGCUUAUUAUGAUUCCAUUUAUACUGAACGUUAUAUGGGCUUACCAAGCAUAAAUGAAUUGGGCUAUUCCGCCUCUCGCCUAAGCACCAAGGCAACACAAUUGAGGGGGAAAUUCCUGUUGAUCCAUGGCACUUUAGAUGACAAUGUACAUUACCAACAGGCAAUGAUACUGGCCAAGAACUUGGAGAGGCACGAUAUAUUAUUCAAACAAAUUGUAAGUUUUAAUUAAAGAAUAAAAAACUAAAACUAAAAAAAAA